CUGUCGUCAUAGCAGAAAUGAAGGUCAGCCUGAACGGUUCUGGUAUCUAGGCUUUCCUUAAGGACCUGUCAAAUGAAGAAUGAUUUACACAAUUGCACAAACUCUUUAUAGGAACACUCAAGUACAGCUCAACAUAAUUGUGUGCUAGAGUUAGAGUUCUGAGCUGCCUGGGAUGUACUACUGUAAUGGCUAACAGGACAAAUAGCUCCAGUUAUGUUUUGUCUUUUGAAUAUUACACUGAUUAUUUAGAUAUACUUCCAGUUGAUGCAAGAAAACUGAAAGCAAAUAGAUAUUCAAUUGUCAUAGCCUUUUGGAUUGGGCUUGCUUCUUUUGUGGCAUUCCUCUUUUUUAUUUUGUUCUACAUAUCUCAGCCUGGUUCCACACCCAUGAAGAGUGGAAGACCACAGAAAAGGUUUCCAUGGAAUAAUCCAAAAACUAUCCAGCAGACUCUUGUAUCUAACCAUGAUAGACCAACUUCUAUAGAUAACCAAGUUAAAGAAGAGACCUGUUCAAAUAAUGGCACACCAUAUCAUGAUCUGAACGGUAUUGUCUGAACUCUCAUCGUAUUUGAAACAUGUAGUCCAUUUUAAGGUGAAGUCAUACCGAAAUAUAUUGCUAAGAAGUAGGACUAGAAGCAAUUAUUAAGAACAAAUAAUUUAUAACGCUUGAUAAAAGAUGGUUAUUAAAUGAACACAAUCAAAUAAUCACUCCAAGUGUAAUAAUAUAUAGCAAAAUUAGUAUUUUCAGGAUUAAAUCAGAAUCAAAAUUUCAAAAUAUG